UGUGACGCGGAUUAGUCAGUUCGUCAUGAUCAGCGUAUAAACAACAUUAUCAGACAGAAUUUCCUGAUUUCAUAAUGGAAGUUGUUUGGAAUGAUGUUGGAAAUGGCUCCACAGUAUUCCCUAAUGUAACAACCAUUUCUCCAAAUGUGACGACCAUAUCUCCAGAUUGUGACACGUCUCCAGCCUUUGUGGGAUAUAUAGCUGCUGCUGUCGCUGUCCUUUGUUAUGGAACAAACUUUGCUCCUGUGAAAAAGUUUGAAACUGGAGAUGGGAUGUUUUUCCAGUGGAUUGUUUGCAGUGCUAUUCUGCUGUCUGGCAUGGUUUUACAGAUAGUUCGACAAAGUACAUUCUACCCAAUAGUAAUGGUUGGUGGUGUCCUGUGGGAAACAGGUAACAUCAUGGUUGUCCCCAUCAUCAAAACGAUAGGUCUGGGCCUGGGACUGUGUAUCUGGGGCAUGGUCAAUCUGCUCAGUGGCUGGGCCACAGGAAGGUUUGGUUUAUUUGGUAUUACAAAGGAGAUCCCUGAUAAUCCUACCAUGAACUAUGUUGGAGUGGCAGUGGCAGUAUCCAGUGCUGUGGUGUUUUCCUUCGUGAAGAGUACUAUCCAGCCCCCGUCUGACAGUGAUACAACAGAGCAGGAUGAGGACUCAGAUGCCUUAGUAUCAAGUACAUUUGGUAACCCGAACGAUUCCUUGUACUCUACGACCAGUGGACAGGAGGACUUGUUGUUUAACAGACCAGCAAAAUCUAUAAAUGGUUUGCGACACGACUCCACAGAUGGUACACUCCUCGACAGAUUAUCUCCCAACAUGAAGAGACUUGUGGGUAUUGUGCUCUCGGUUAUAUCUGGAGCAUUAUAUGGACAGAUCUUUACUCCUACACUGUAUGUUCAAAGCAAUAGCCAAUCUUACCCUUCAGCUAGCAAAAACGGUCUGGAUUACGUUUUUGCGUGUUUCUGUGGGAUCUACCUAUCAAGUACCGUAUAUUUCUGUAUAUACGCCCUGGUAAGGAGGAACAAACCACGCGUGUACCCACGUGUCAUUGUACCGGGAAUCAUCUCCGGUAUCAUGUGGGCUGCCGCCACCGCAUCCUGGUUCGUCGCCAACAAGAUUUUGUCUGAACCUGUGGCAUUCCCGAUCAUAACCACCCUUCCCUCUGUAGUGGCCUCCAUUCUCGGCAUAUUUGUCUUCAAGGAGAUCCGAGGAAGAAGAAAUAUUUUAAUAUUACUGGUUGGGUUUUGCAUGGCUGGAUCUGGAGCGGUGUUAGCGGGAUUCUCAAAACACGGCAAGCAGUGCCACCAUUAACAAAAGAUCUUAUAAAGCGAGAUGUUCCGAAUGGUGACAAAUCGUGCUACAGGGAAUGUAUAACUUAGUGAUGUAGUGCCUCGACAAGGAAAAUGUGUCCCAAACAUGAAAGUGACGAGAUGUGUCUAAAAACAUGAAAGUGACGAGAUGUGUCUCAAAACAUAACAGUGACGAGAUGUGUCUCAAAACAUGACAGUGACGAAAUGUGUCUCAAAACAUAACAGUGACGAAAUGUGUCUCAAAACAUAACAGUGACGAGAUGUGUCUAAAAACAUGACAGUGACGAGAUGUGUCUCAAAACAUAACAGUGACGAGAUGUGUCUAAAACAUGACAGUGACGAGAUGUGUCUAAAAACAUGACAGUGACGAGAUUUGUCUAAAAACAUGAAAGUGACGAGAUGUGUCUAAAAACAUGACAGUGACGAGAUGUGUCUCAAAACAUAACAGUGACGAGAUGUGUCUAAAACAUGACAGUGACGAGAUGUGUCUCAAAACAUAACAGUGACGAGAUGUGUCUAAAAACAUGAAAGUGACGAGAUGUGUCUAAAAACAUGACAGUGACGAGAUGUGUCUAAAAACAUGACAGUGACGAGAUGUGUCUAAAAACAUAACAGUGACGAGAUGUGUCUCAAAACAUAACUGUGACGAGAUGUGUCUCAAAACAUAACAGUGACGAGAUGUGUCUAAAAACAUGACAGUGACGAGAUUUGUCUAAAAACAUGAAAGUGACGAGAUGUGUCUAAAACAUGACAGUGACGAGAUGUGUCUAAAAACAUGACAGUGACGAGAUGUGUCUAAAAACAUGAAAGUGACGAGAUGUGUCUAAAAACAUGAAAGUGACGAGAUUUGUCUAAAAACAUGAAAGUGACGAGAUGAGUCUCAAAAAAAAGUGACCCCAAUAUUAGGAAACAUCACAAAACAUAGAGAGACAUCUCAUAAAGUAAUGUCACAAGUAGGAAGCGUCUCAAAACACGACAGACAGUGAUACAACUGUAGCGAAAAGCAAUCAAAGCAGGCGGUACCACUCUGAAUGUGAGAAUCUCAAAAAAUGUGACAAUCUAAAAAAAUGUGACAAUCUAAAAAAAAUGUGAGAAUCUCAAAAAAUGGAACAAAGAACAGAGUUCAGCCAAUCACAUGAUACUUCUCAGUUUUCAGGAACACCGCUGGAUACCUUGAAAUAGAAGAUAAGUGUCGUGUCAUAAAAUACGACAAGGAGAGUAUCUAAUGACCUAGUAUAAACCAUUGGAGGCAGUGUAUGAUGUUACAGCUGAGAUCAAACACAGGAUGUAGUGCCGACCAGAAGAUCAAUUACAUGUACAGACAAUGCGUGGUGUUGUCACAAUAGACAAAGACAACACUGUAGUAUCAAAUCAAAUCAAGAUACAUUUAAGAUUGGUACACGUUAGAGCAAUCCAUAUACCUGUAUUACCAACAAGCUGUGGCCUAACGCAAAAUAUUAAAAAAACAUAACUAGCUCUAAGGCAAGAGGAUAAAUUAUAGUACCGUAACCUCGGUUUAAUUUUCUUAUAGUCUGAGGAAAACUAGUAAUCCUGUGUGUAUGUGUUAUGACAGGGUGGCGAGGAAUAUAUGAUUUGCAAUAAUACCGUAUUCGUUUAAGAUGUAUGUUUAAUAUACUUUCUAUCUGCUGCAACAGUUUAACAGACGUCGUCAACAGAGAGAAAAGGGCUCAGGUUUGACUCUGAACCUCAUGAAAGCUUGAGUUUACUUAGAAAACUAAAAGAAUACUAGUUUUAUGUAAAGGUGACCACCACGUGAGACAAAUGCUGCCCUAUAUAUAUGUAUAAGGUAAUUUGAGAAUAUAUAGUCUGACCAGAUCGACCUGUCGCGUUGACCUUGACGUGAAGUAUUCAAAGAAGUCUAUCUUAUUUGUGCAUAGGCAUGUCAACCUGUUAAUUGAGGUUACGGUGCAUUGAGUGUACGUGUACACGUUGUGGAGUAACUCGACAGAAUAACCAAUGCAAUUUUGUAUAUUGUGUUCCAACUAUUGACAAGCGAUUUGGGGAGACAACGAAAGACCUUACAAAAAUAUACGAUACAAUUAAACUUAUUGAGCUUAGUCUGUGUGUCACACGCUCAAUGUGCCUAUACAAACAGGUAAAAUGAUAAAAAGGACUGAUGCGCUCGUGGAAUUGUAUGUAUUAUGUAAUAUUAGAAAAUUAAGCUUAUUAAACAUAUUUAUUUCAAUUAUCAAAGUUUGUAAUACCGAAUGUACUCGGUCGUUGGGUAUCGUUGAACGUUGUCUGAUAUGACAGUAGUCAAAUGUUGAAGUUGCCAGCAAAUAUGACGACGGUAAUUUAAUGUGGAAUUAAAAAAAGAAUGUAAUACAUACAAAAUAUACAACAAUACACAGUGAACUCAAUGUUCUACUGGAUUCGAACCUGUUACACUGACACUAGUAUUUCCGUAAUUAACGUACCCACUUAGCCUACAUGACUCAUUUGUCAAUGUGAACGGGUCUUUUACAUCAUUUAAAGUGAUGCAUAUAUAUAUAUAUAUACACCUAUUUUCCAAAUAUGAUUAUCGACUCGUCUACAAUCGGUAUGCUAAUCGGAGUUCAACACAACAUGUCAUUCUGGUCGGACUAUAUAAAUUUGAUUAAUGUACAAUAUAAUGUAUACUGAACCAAAAAGCAAAUUUAAAACCAACACUUUUUGUGAACAAAGAAACAUUACCUAUUCAUAAAUGUUUAAUUUAGCUUUAGUUGUAAAUACUGUAAAUAUUUAUUUCUUAAUUGUCAGUUCUUGUUUAAAGUAGUUAAUUUCAAGUUUCAAUUGUAAAAACUCAUCCUCAAAGUUUAUCAAAGUCUGCUAGACUUGGGCCAAGUACAUUGUGAUUUGAAAAGGUUUUUUUUUCAAAGUGUAUAUAUUUUUUGUCUGACGAAUACUCUUAAUUUAAUCAGUUUGCAAUGUAAUAGGGUUGUUGAUGCAUCAAUUGGAAUGCUACUACUGUCGUAUGUUAGGGAUACACGGAGUAUAUUGUUGUCCAUGUCAAGUUUACCGGCUCCACUACCACUAAUCAGUAGAACUCGAUCUACGACAUUUAAGUUGUGAUAUACUGCUUCAAAAACUUCGAAACACUGUAGGAUUAUUCCCAGCUUUACGUAACAUGAUCAUCAUCAUGUCAUGCAUUGCUUUUUUCAUUUUUUGUGUAUAAUAGUUUAAUUUUUUUUGUUUAUGAUAUAUCGUUGGAACUGAUGUUGGCAGUCAAAUGGGCUAAUCUGGGCUCUUAUUAUUACUCAUCCUUUGUCUGUGGGAUGAUGUAUAACAUUGAUCUGAUCCCCUUCUCCUACCUAACUCAUUGCAACAGUCAUUUAUGUUGCCCAUUUCUGUCUAUUUCUGCAUUUUAGCCAUUCUUUAGUACAGUGGCUCGGUACCUGUGGACAUUGUCUGUAUAUAGCAUUCUGUUUCGUGUGUCUGUAUAUAGCAUUCUGUUUCAUGUGUCUGUAUAUAGCAUUCUGUUUCAUGUGUCUGUAUAUAGCAUUCUGUUUCAUGUGUCUGUAUAUAGCAUUCUGUUUCAUGUGUCUGUAUAUAGCAUUCUGUUUCGUGUGUCUGUAUAUAUUAUUCUGUUUCGAGGAGACGAGACGCCUUUCCAACCCUCUUGACUUUACAUGUAUAAGAAUUCUGAAAAGGGAAUGCAAAUCUCAUUGAAAAAUCUCAUUUUUAUUUCAUAAUCAUAUAGUUUAUUUAUAUAUUUAAGGUGAUUAUAGGACUACUAUUACAUUUUAUAUCUAAGUCUUGUCUUGUUUGGAUGUAUCAUCCGUAAAAUGUGCAUUGAAAUGGGAAUGUCAUUGUUUUUUGUUCUAUGUGAUGAAAUGGUUUUCUGCUUAUGCCAUAAAGAAACUUUACACACCUUUCAGGUAACCUCUGUAUAAUAUAAUAUAUACAAGAUACAAGAAACUUUAUUUAACGUCGCAUACAUAUCAAAUUAUACAAAGAACAUUAGCUCAUGCGAGCUAUUAUUGCGACAAACAUGAAACUAUGAUUUCAGUAGUGUUAUAGAUGUGAUACAAACCUCCAGGUAACCUCUGUAUAACUAUAUAGUGUUAUAGAUGUGAUACAAACCUCCAGGUAACCUCUGUAUAACUACAUGUAUAUAGUGUUAUAGAUAUUAUACAAACCUUCAGGUAACCUCUGUAUAACUAUAUAGUGUUAUAGAUGUGAUAUAAACCUUCAGGUAACCUCUGUAUAACUAUGAUGUCAUUAGUGUUAUGGUGAUACAAACCUCCAGGUAACCUCUGUAUAACUAUGAUGUCAUUAGUGUUAUAGAUAUUAUACAAACCUUCAGGUAACCUCUGUAUAACUAUAUAGUGUUAUAGAUAUUAUACAAACCUCCAGGUAACCUCUGUAUGACUAUAUAGUGUUAUAGAUGUGAUACAAACCUCCAGGUAACCUCUGUAUAACUAUAUAGUGUUAUAGAUGUGAUACAAACCUUCAGGUAACCUCUGUAUAACUAUGAUGUCAUUAGUGUUAUAGAUGUGAUGCAAACCUCCAGGUAACCUCUGUAUAACUAUGAUGUCAUUAGCGUUAUAGACGUGAUACAAACCUUCAGGUAACCUUUGUAUAACUAUGAUGUCAUUAGUGUUAUAGAUGUGAUACAAACCUUCAGGUAACCUCUGUAUAACUAUGAUGUCAUUAGUGUUAUAGAUGUGAUACAAACCUCCAGGUAACCUCUUUAUAACUAUAUACAUGUAGUGUUAUAGAUGUGAUACAAACCUUCAGGUAACCUCUGUAUAACUAUAUAGUGUUAUAGAUGUGAUACAAACCUUCAGGUAACCUCUGUAUAACUAUAUAGUGUUAUAGAUGUGAUACAAACCUCCAGGUAACCUCUGUAUAACUAUAUAGUGUUAUAGAUGUGAUACAAACCUUCAGGUAACCUCUGUAUAACUAUAUAGUGUUAUAGAUGUGAUACAAACCUCCAGGUAACCUCUGUAUAACUAUAUAGUGUUAUAGAUGUGAUACAAUCCUCCAGGUAACCUCUGUAUAACUAUAUAGUGUUAUAGAUGUGAUACAAACCUUCAGGUAACCUCUGUAUAACUAUAUAGUGUUAUAGAUGUGAUACAAACCUUCAGGUAACCUCUGUAUAACUAUAUAGUGUUAUAGAUGUGAUACAAACCUUCAGGUAACCUCUGUAUAACUACAUGUAUAUAGUGUUAUAGAUGUGAUACAAACCUUCAGGUAACCUCUGUAUAACUAUAUAGUGUUAUAGAUGUGAUACAAACCUUCAGGUAACCUCUGUAUAACUAUAUAGUGUUAUAGAUGUGAUACAAACCUCCAGGUAACCUCUGUAUAACUAUGAUGUCAUUAGUGUUAUAGAUGUGAUACAAACCUCCAGGUAACCUCUGUAUAACUAUGAUGUCAUUAGUGUUAUAGAUGUGAUACAAUCCUCCAGGUAACCUCUGUAUAACUAUGAUGUCAUUAGUGUUAUAGAUGUGAUACAAACCUUCAGGUAUAAUAUAAAUUAUGGUGUAAAUGUUAUGAAUGUGUAAUGAUUAAUCGUAUUACAAACGUUUGUACUUCAUCGCUGAACAGUGACAUACAGUUUUACAAUGAGUUGAUCUACAUUUAUAUAAUAUCUAUUCAUCAUGGGCAUUGAUGAUAUUGUUUAUAAUAAAACAUCUUAGACGG